AGAUGUUACUGUCUGUGCUGGGUUUCAUACAAUAAUCUGAACAUUUUGGGUUUUUCCACCAAUUUCAAGAAAAAUUCUGACUUUUCAGGCUUCAAAUCCAAAAAAGUCAGAAACCUGUGAAAUUCACAAACUGUCAGCAAACGUAUACAGAAAGCUUUUAGCAAUAUGUUUAUGACCAGCUUUAUACAAAUAUAAUAAUCAUCUUAAUACUGAUAAUAUCAUAAUGUUAUGCAAAUGGAUGUUUUUCAAAGAAAUAUCAAGACCCUUUGCCUAUCACCUCAUGGCUUUCAAACUUGCCAGAUGAAACGGUGGAUUUUUCCCAUCAUUUAAAAAUUUUAAAACAGUCUUUAAGUCAAAUGUACUUUUUUUGGCCCAGGUAACAAUGAUUGGAUCAUAGUGUUGGCUCAUAAAGAUCGAGGAGAGCAUCAGCAUGCCGAUGCAGACCUUGUCCAAUGGGAUUUUCAAGUAGAGUAUUUGCAACAUACUGGUGAAGAAUCUUCAUGUCUUUGAACUGCAGGGAACUCAUGUUGUUGUAUCUUCAUCAAGUGACGGUUAUAUUAAGAUAUGGAAAAGGUCCAGACUUCUCCAUCAUUGCUUUGUGAAGUCAGUACAUCGGCUAGACUUACUUGUCUCUCAGCUUGGCUUCCCAGUGGCAUAGACUAUAAGGAAAAAAGCAACACAACUGUCACUGCUUCAGCUGUGAAAGACUGUGACAGGCCAAAGAAGAAAAAGGCCCAAAAUGAAACAACGGAUAAGGAAGCAAGUGAAACCCAAGUUGUACAUAAAAAGAGGAAAACUGAAAUUAAACAGAAAAAGAAACCAGUUAAAUAACUCAAUUUCUGUAUUCAUUUAAUACAUUUAUUCUCUGUACAUGUUUAUUCUCUUAAUUAAAUAGUUGAAAAGUUAAGGGAUAGUAAUUUAUUUUUUAAUAUGCAAUAACAUGCUAAUGCAAUAUCAUUAUUUGAAUACUAAAUAUCUGCUUUUGGUAUCACUAAAGGUAUAUCCUACUCUCUUUUUUGUUAUGCAGCACACCCUUUUCAUGCACACACCAAAACAAGCUAAUUAAGAAAUGUGCAACAGGCCCUAUGGUGCUUGAAAUGUUUUCUGCUGUUUAACCAUUGGGCCAGACCUACUUGUCAUUUUACUUCUCCUCAGGACACCCCAGCAAAAGAACCCUUUCCACAUUUUACCCCUUUAAACUUCCCAUCGCUUAUGCAAUCGUGGCACCUGGUCAAGGUUAUUACUGUUUCAUUCACUUGAGAAAAAUGUUAUUCAUGCUCCAUUAAUUUAUUAGUCAUCUAGUUCAACAGCUGAAAUGCAGUGGCUGUAUUUAAUAAAAUUGAUGUUUUAUAUUUCC